AAGUGAUACAUUGCUGCAAUAAAGGAGACGACAUUCACAUCUUCGUCACGAACGAGCUGAACGACGUCUGCGUGACUGAACUCGUUGUACACACGUUGAAUGAGGGACAAGAACAAACCAUUUGCGCAAUGGCUGGAAUAAGCGGUCCUGAAAUCACCUUUACAGUUCUUGCAUUAACACCUGACGGAUUUGGUCCGUGUCAAAAGCGGCAUUGUGAAAACGGAGGAACAUGUGUGUCGGAAAACGGGAAUGCAUUUUGCUAUUGUGCCCCCGGAUACACAGGGGAGACGUGUGAAACAGAUAUCGACGAGUGUGCCUCAAAUCCUUGUUUCCACAAUGGGACGUGCGUUGAUCAUGUCAACGGGUACACGUGUGUCUGUACAGAGGAUUACGGAGGGAUUUAUUGUCAAAUAGAUGGAGUUUGUGCCAUAGGGUCUGCUCCAGUAAAACUCGUCUGUAACUCGUUACCAUGCUCCUUUGAGUAUACCGUACUUGGCAGUUUGAUGGUCCCUGAUGUAUCAGAGGUUCCCGAGACAGUCACAACACAAAUCACAGCCCAUAUAUUUAAUGAAGUGCAGAGAUACUUUGUAUCAAUAAAGCUGACAGAAGCCCUUGACUUUUGCCAUACAACGUAUGUUAACGGAAAACAUGGGAACUGUUCAAGAACACAAUGUACAUCCAUUAAUUAUCGAGAUAAACUGAAAAGAACAGAUGCUUUUUAUAAUUGUUCAUCUACAUCACUUGGCGACCGAAUUCCCCAUGUUAUGAAAAUUGAAAAGGGACUAAAUGACACAUGCCCAAGUCUUUCGGUAUACAAGGAGACAACAAUGUUUGAUUAUGAAAUCAUGGAGAACGAGAAGGUGGAAGAUGGAGUUUGCUUUGCUACAGUUUCCGGGUUCGAAAAUGUCACAAAUGGGACAGUUUGUCUCAGGGACGAUUACGGGGUGGUAAGAUGCAUGUCUUGCUUAACUGGCUGUAAUCAUAAGAAAGCAAGUGAACAGGCUCGCUCUAUAGUGUCUGCUGGAUACGCCAACUGCUACUGUUUCACGGAUAGCGGCGAGAAGAUCCACAUCAUCAAGAAGCGGCCGGUACCCAAGAGUGGUUCCCUUGCAAAGGCUGCGGGGUAUGGUGCCACCAGUCUUGUUGGCACCUCGGGCAUCGGAACAGCUAUCUUCUUUGUUCUAAAGUUCAAGAGCAAACUGUUUUCGAAAAAUAAAAAGGUGGAUAUUACAAGUGACCAAAAUCAGGUUGCUUCGGCGGAAAAAUGAAGAAAAGGUUUUCGAUACCAUGUGACCUAUUGAUAAACAUCGACACUUUCAUGAUAGAGGGUUAUGGUGGUCAUUUCUGCUGUUCUUUUCAUUAGCUACUGCAGGUUUCUUUUAUUUUAAAUAUCCCUUUUUAACUGCGUGUUAUUUUUAUUGUUAUAUUGUAUUACUUUGCACUACUAUAUAAAUUGUACGUUAAAUGGCUGCUGUGUUGAAAAUCAGCUUUGCCUGUUGCGGUACAUGCAUGUGAUGUUGUGACGGACGUGAAUAAAGCUCAUUUGUUUAUUAUCCAAGAUAUACCGUAGUUCAGAAAAAUAUGUUGUGGGUUUUUGUUAACUAUUUAUCAUUUAUUGUGUUGCCAUUUUUU